GAAUAGUGCUGAAGAUAAAGACAAUCAAAGAGUUGCAAUUCAACAAUACUGCUACUUCCUCUUUCCCAAGCCUUUUAAUUUCAAUUUCCCCAAAAAAAACGCCAAUGCUUUUCCUUCUCCCAACUGUGAAUCAUCAAUGAAUUGAAGCACAUCAGUCAACUUUCAUAUAUGCUGUUCUGCAUGCACUACACAUCCAAACUAGUCAAAGAAGACUUCAAUUUCUUUUUAUCUCCUCUUUGUCUUCUUGUUAUAUCUGGAUUAGAAAAUCAUAAAGAGUUUUUUCCUCAACCUUUAAUGUCAUUUACCACCGCUUUCCAGCUGUUCAGAAUCCAUUGCUUCAACCUCUAUAUAUAAUAAACAGAGAGCAAUUUAGAACCCUCACACUUGUCUCUCUUCACUCUAUUUUUUCAUAUACAUCUUUUGUUGGAAAAAGAGAAAAAUGCCCUCUGCUGGUGCUAAGAAAAUGAAAGAGCAGGCUGUGUUGGUAGUAGCAGGGCACUGGUUGAUGCUUUCUGUAGCAAUCAACAUUGGGUUGUUGUUAAAGGUGGUUCGUGAUGGAAAUUUACCGAUCGAUUGGUCUGGCUCUGGCUUCCACAUCAAUGGUAAUGAAAAUGGGGCUACUCUUUCAUCCUUAUCCUCGUAUGCAGCUGAGCCAAAGCCUGAUGACCAAAUUCUGGAAAAAUACAUAAAUUUGGACCAUGGUGAUCCAACUAUGUACCAGAGUUACUGGAAGCAGAUCGGUGACAGAACCACAGUUGUCAUAUCUGGUUGGCAAUCUGUAAGUUAUUUUUCGGAUCCCAAAAACCUUUGUUGGUUUCUCGAACCAGGUUUUGCAAAUGCAGUAACUAGAUUGCACAAUAUAGUCGGAAAUGCUGAGACUGGAAACCGACACAUCGUGGUUGGGACAGGAUCUACCCAACUGUUUCAGGCUGUAUUAUAUGCCCUCUGUCCAUACGAUGCUCCAGAGCCAAUGAGUAUUGUAUCUGCUGCCCCAUUUUAUUCGUCAUACCCACUGAUCACUGAUUGCUUGAAAUCUGGACUCUACAAGUGGAGAGGUGAUGCCAAUGACUUUGACAAAGAUGAGCCCUAUAUAGAGCUUGUGACUUCCCCAAACAAUCCUGAUGGAUCAAUCAGGGAAGCUAUGUUCAAUGGGAGUGGACGAAUAUUGGUUCACGACGUAGCUUAUUAUUGGCCACAGUAUACUCCAAUUUCUUCUAGGGCAGACCAUGACAUAAUGUUGUUCACCCUAUCCAAAAGCACGGGACAUGCUGGGAUGCGCUUAGGAUGGGCGCUUGUCAAGGAUGAAGCAAUUGCGAAAAAGAUGGUAAAAUUCAUAGAGAUAAGCAGCAUUGGUGUGUCUAAAGAUUCACAAGUCAGAGCUGCCAAGAUCUUGGAUGUUAUAAGUGAUAUUUACGAGGAUGCAGAAACCUCUAACGAAAGUAAACGCUUCUUUGAUUAUGCCUACGAGGAAAUGGCUAAGAGGUGGAGUCAACUGCGAGAGGCAGUCAGCAAAGGCCAAGCUUUCAGUUUGCCUACCUUGCCGGUUGGUAAAUGCAACUUCAGCAAUCGUACAUUUGGAACACAGCCUGCCUUUGCAUGGGUGAAGUGUGAGCAGGCAGAUUAUUGUGAAAGUUUUCUGAAGAAGCACAAGAUAUUGACCAGAGGUGGGGAACAUUUUGGUUCUAGUAAGAAGUAUGUAAGGGCCAGUUUGAUAGGUCACGAGGAAGACUAUAACGAGUUUAUUCGAAGAUUGUCCUUAAUAAACUCUGAGGAGUCUCCGUGAUCGUGAACAGACCUAGCUAGUUAGCUGUAUAAAGCAGAUGCCAAAAUGUAAGAAAUAUUUUGACUUCUCUCUAUGAUUAAAAAAAAAUCAUCUUAAUGAAUGAAAUCUGUAUAAAAAUAAAUUAGAAGAUUUGCCUCCUUUGAUUC